CGAUGUACCAGCAGUAUUAUUUACGCCCUAAAAUCAUAUUGAUCCCAACAUCGCGAAUUCGUUUUGCAAAACCAGACUUCAAAAUAAUCAAAUGUUAUCUUCAACGUCAACAUCAACUUCGAUAUUCCCUAGCAACGCUGCUUCAAGAUGACUACCACCCAAGAAGUUUAUGAUCUAUUAGACAAAGCGAAAUCCUUCGUUUGUAGCAAAAUACCUGAAUCCCUAUCAAAACCAAAAUCAUUGAUCAUUUGUGGUUCUGGAUUAGGUGGAAUCUCAUCUUUGCUCCAAGAUACAACAGAGAUAUCAUACUCAGAGAUUCCAGGAUUCAGCGUAUCAACAGUACCAGGACAUGCUGGUAAAUUAGUAUUUGGAUUCAUCGGAUCAAAUAAAGUCCCAGUUGUUUGUAUGGUGGGGAGACUACAUUUUUAUGAAGGUUACUCUUUCAAUGAAACAACUUUUCCAGUGAGAUUAGCCAAACAACUAGGGGUUGAAAUUGUCGUUGUCACAAAUGCUGCUGGUGGUAUCAACCCGAACUUCAAAGCUGGUGAUUUGAUGAUCAUAUAUGACCAUAUAAAUAUUCCUGGUUUUGCAGGAUGGCAUCCACUAAGGGGUCCAAAUCUUGAUAAAUUUGGCCCAAGAUUUCAACCAUUAUCAGAUGCUUAUGAUUUACAAUUGAGACAAUUGUUCUUCCAGCAAAAGAAGAAGUUAGGAGUUGAAAGAAAUAUCCAUGAAGGUACUUAUUUUUAUGCGUCUGGACCAACUUUUGAAAGUAGAGCUGAGUCAAGAGUUAUUAGAACCUUGGGAGGUGAUGCUGUUGGUAUGAGUACUGUCCCUGAAGUCAUUGUUGCUAGGCAUUGUGGAUUAAGAGUCCUUGCACUAAGUUUAAUCACAAAUGAGUGUGUUGUUGAUCCACCAGCCAGCGCUUUCGACGAAAAUCCUAAACCCUUAGAUGAAGGUAUGGCCAGUCAUGCUGAAGUUUUGGAGUAUGCCAACCAAGCAUCUUUAGAUGUCCAAAAAAUCAUCGAAGCUACAGUUAAUGAAUUUUAG